CAGUCACCACUCCUCGCCAUAGUCACAUUCCAUUGCAGUUUUGAUUAGUUGUUACAUCUUUCCUUGGUUUGUGAAAAGAAAAGAAAUCUAAAACAAAUAUCAUGGAAUCUAUUGUGAAGUACGAGCCAAGGGAAUCAGAAAAAUGGCUAGAAGACAUGGCAUCUGUUACUGUUAAAGAAGAAAUCGACAUAGAAUAUGGCAUGCCCUGGCUUGGCAAGCAGGAGUUUCCGGAUGAGGAACAGGAGUCGUCAUCAUCAGCUGUUCGUGGGAGUGACUCCUCUGCUGAAGAGGAGGAAGAAGGUAGCAAUGAAAGAAUGGGAGAAGAAGAUGUCAAACAAGAGAAGGUGUUAUGCAAAACUACUCUCAAAAAACCUCAUUUGUGUACAUUCUGUUCCAAAAGGUUUUCUCAUUCUUGUCGUUUAACUGUUCAUAUGCGUACUCACACAAAAGAGAAGCCUUUCCAAUGUACAGUGUGCACUAAAAGGUUCUCCACUUCUGGUGUAUUGACUGUUCAUAUGCGUACCCACACAAAAGAGAAACCUUUCCAGUGUACAGUGUGUACUAAAAGGUUCUCCACUUCUGGUGAUUUGACUGUUCAUAUGCGUACUCAUACAAAAGAGAAGCCUUUCCAGUGUACAGUGUGUACUAAAAGGUUCUCCACUUCUGGUGAUUUAACACGGCAUAUGCGUACUCACACAAAAGAGAAGCCUUUCCAGUGUACAGUGUGUACUAAAAGGUUCUCCACUUCUAGUGAUUUGACUGUUCAUAUGCGUACCCACACAAAAGAGAAGCCUUUCCAGUGUUCAGUUUGUACUAAAAGGUUCUCCACUUCUGGUGAAUUGACUGUUCAUAUGCGUACUCACACAAAAGAGAAGCCUUUCCAGUGUACAGUGUGUACUAAAAGGCUCUCCACUUCUAGCAAUUUAACCAUUCAUAUGCGUACUCAUACAAAAGAGAAGCCUUUCCAGUGUACAGUGUGUACUAAAAGGCUCUCCACUUCUAGCAAUUUAACCAUUCAUAUGCGUACUCAUACAAAAGAGAAGCCUUUCCAGUGUACAGUGUGUACUAAAAGGCUCUCCAAUUCUAGUAAUUUUACCAUUCAUAUGCGUACUCACACAAAAGAGAAGCCUUUCCAGUGUACAGUCUGUACUAAAAGUUUCUCCACUUCUGGUGAAUUGACUGUUCAUAUGCGUACCCACACAAAAGAGAAGCCUUUCCAGUGUACAGUGUGUACUAAAAGGUUUUCCACUUCUGGUGAUUUAACACGGCAUAUACGUACUCACACCAAAGAGAUGCCUUUCCAGUGCACAGUCUGUGCAAAAAUGUUCUCUCAGUCAGAAAUUUUGACACGGCAUAUGCAUACUCACACCAAAGAAAAGCCUUUCCAGUGUACAGUCUGUGCAAAAAUGUUCUCUCAGUCAGCAAAUUUGACACGGCAUAUGCAUACCCACUCAGUUUAAAAAAUUCAAUUUCUUCUCUAUCGGUGUGUUUCAUUCCUUUCAAUUCCUACAUCCAAUAAAUUUGUGGAAACAAGCGUGAUUUUCAUUCAUCUUUAUAAUAAACGUUCUCAAUAAAAUAUUAUGUAGGUAGUUCAUAAAUAAUUAUGUCAGGAAUAUUAUGAAAAUAUUAAAUAAAAUUAUGUAUAUUAUUAUAAUCACAAUCUCAUUUUAUUUUACACAUCAUUGAGAAUAAUCAUAUACAAAUAAAAAAUAUAUAUUCAUAUACAUCAUAUAUAAUAUAUUAUAAUAAAAAAGAGUUGCAGGAACAUAUAAGCUUUUCGCUGAACUCUUUGUUAAAUAAAUCUAUUCAAAGUCUAUCUAUAGAUUUUUCAAAUAAUCAAUACAAGCUUUCAUUUUAAUAGCUAUUUGGAAAAUUGGAUUCUUACUCUAGUAACCAAAGUAAAUCAUUUCAGAUCAAGCAAAGAUCAUGGUAAGUCACGUAAGUUGAUUACUUACUAAAUUUAAAAAUAGGUCAUCGUAAUAAAUACAUCGGACUACUUCGAGAUAGGCUGUUAUAAUAUAAUUUGUUUCCCAAGGAUGUGGUACUAACUUAUACAGUAGGUAAAUAAGUCCAAAAUAACUUUGGUGGGUUUUUCUCAAAUAUAGGAACAUACAAAUAAAUUACAGUAGUUUAAUUUGUCUCAUCAUUGCAGAUAUUACAAUAAAAUAAGAUAGAUGAGAAGAUGACCCAUCUGAAUAAAUCUUUAUUGCACUAAAAUAAUAUAUUUAUUUAUAGACACAAUCUUUGGUAAUGUCUAGCUUCAAUGUAUACCAUUGUAUUGUUUGACUUGGAACAGUCUUUCACCAAAUAUAGUGCAUAGAAACCAACUAAAAUACACUUUAGUUCAAAAUUGGCAAUUUUCGAGUUGGAACAGUCUUCCUCCCAAGGUGCGAUAUAUAUAUAUAUAUAGUAAAGAAUGUCUCAGUUGUUAUAUUGUCAAAUUCAUUGACCUAAUAGAUCAAAUUUUGUUAGCUUCUUCAGUUCAGCUUGUUCUUGCAUCUAUUCUUCCCUCGGCUUGCCUAUGCAUAUUUUAUUUUUAGCUUAAGUAAUCCAGUUCCCAAUCCCAGACUAUUUUGAUAAUGACAUAUUUAAUAGUGAAGUCCCCAGGCCACGGAACAAACGGGCAGGUUUGAUGAUGGGGCACUACACAGGGUUAUCUUCCUCAACUCAUCAGCCUCCAUAUGUUUUUGAAAUAUAUAAUAUUAGAAAACAUUUUAGACAAUAUACUUCAAACUCCGGCACAUUAUUCCUUUAUUUUCAUACAGAUUGUAAUAUUUAUCAUUAUAUUCAUCAGAUUUUUAUGCUCUCUUAUAUGCUUAGAAAGUUGUCAUUUAUGUGUUAUGGAUAUUAAUGUACUAUUUCUUCACAACAUAUUUGAAUACUAUGUAUUGAAAUAAACUCACAAUCAUUUCAUUAGGAAUGUUGUAAGAAUUGAGUGUUUCUAAACAACUUUUAGGAACUGGGUACUGAGUGAUUGAGUAAGGGGAUUUUAAUUUUGUUGCCAACCCUAUUAAAGGAAGUGUAGUUUUGGCCUAUGCCAAAAAAGCACUAAGGACUGUUGAUUGAUAAAUGUCAAUAUAAUUGGCAGGCUUUAAUAAGAUGAAACUGAGCUUUUUGGUUUUAAAUAUAAGACUACCUAUGUCCAAAGACUGCCUUUCACUAUUAUAUUGAUUUUAUCCACUAGUUUUUAUAAUUAUGAAUAUGUUCAUUGAUAUUUUAUUGUUAGUUUUAGUCUAUGUUUUGAUUUAUGGAAUUCCAAGACUAUUUUCAAUUUUAUUUUAUAAUAAUAUAGUCUAUGACAUGUGAAUAAAUAGAUAGAUAGAUAGAUAGAAAAAAUUGAUUCUCCUGAAAAUAAACCUAUGCUCACUCUUUUAGUUGCUUUCCGGAUCUACUGUACUCGUUAUUUUAUUUUUUACUCUCAUUAUCACAUACAUCUUAUAAAUUCAAAUGGUAGUCCUUGUGAAAAGUUGAUGUCUAUGAUAUAUUUUUUCCUACUUUAUUCAAUUUGUUAUUGAUCUAAUUUCCCUAUAAAUACUUUAGUGAUUGAAAUGGCUCCAGUUCCUAGAGAGAUUUUUGAUUGUAAUAGGUGAAAUGACAAUAAAUUUAGGAAAGAACAUAAUUCAUAGAAUAGAAAACGGAGCUAAUAAAAUGAGAAGAGUAUACAAUUUAUUUUGAGACAGGAAGCAUAAUAUUAAGUUGAUUACAAUCACAAUAUGGUAAUUUUAAAAGUAGAUAAAACAUUUUCACCAAUUAUGCAUGAUAGACUUUACAAGUAUUCUAUUAAUUUAAAACGAAUUAUGGGGUAUACUGCCUAUAGAAAAAGAUUCCCAACAAGAAGAGACAAAUAAUAGAUAUUGACAUGCCAGUGAUAUUAAGAUAAACAAGUAGGCUAAGCUUAUGUCUAGAUAUUGAAGUACCAUUGUAAAACUUGACUUCAAAAACCAUUGUAUUGUAUUAUUAAUUUCUAUUUCUGUCAUUGCUAAUUUAUGUAAUAAAUUUAUCAAAUUCA